AUAUAAACGCGAAUUUUAGUUUAAAGAGAAGAGUGUUCCAGAAGUCUCAAGACGUAUUAAGCCAACGUUAAAACAACAAUGUCUAAAAUUACCAUUAUAAGUUGCAUCAUCGCAGCUGUCUGCGUUUUCCAGACAGCAGAAGCUGGAAUUUUUGAUAAACCCGUGGGUUCCCUAUUCGGUGACAUGCAAAAGAAAGUUACAGAUACAAUUGGAGAAGUACAAGAUCUUGGAAAUAAAAUACAAAAUCGCGGACAGGAAAUAGCUGAGGGCGUGAAAAAUGGAAUUCAACAAUCCCAAAAACAACUUGAGACUUCUACAGAAUGCACCACCGCGUACAACGAAGGACAAAAUGCUAUCAAUGAAAUAUUGACGUCUUUUGAUACCUGCCUUGAGAGUAAACUGCAUGUGACCAGUGACCAAUUUAAUAACUUUAUUAAGGCAGCAGAAAAUUUCGAAGAAAGUGCAUCAAAGGUUUAUCAAGAUGGUUACAAUUGUUUGGGAACUACGAUGACCGCGAUUCCAUGCAUACUUAACGUAUGGGAGCAAGAGGUUCCUCAACUGCGUCCUCUAGCAGAGGAAACUUUGGUGGCGGCAACUGAACUCGCCGGAAUUUUCCCGGAUAUAAGAGAAUGCUAUGAAGAGUCGUUCCAGAAAGUAGCCAAAGAAGUUGCUCCUAAAUUCAUCAAAAACGCGCAACAAUGCCUCAAAACUGUUCUUCGGCCAUUCGCAUUCUAAAUCAUUUAUUGAUUAAUAUACUUCAACUUUUAACUAUAUUUUACAAUAUACAUAUAUGCACGAUAUUGUAUAUGUAUAUAAUAUUGUGUUUAUUAUAUUGUAAUAUGUGACACGUAAAUAUAUUACACAUAUAUUACCACUGCGAGUGUUGUACGAUACCAAGAUUUUUUCACGUUGCACAUAUUUUUCAAAAUAAAAUAUAAUCAGUAAAUAAUAA